UUGAAACAUCGUUAAAAACGUACUCCGUAAAACACAACACCGUCUUGGCAAGUUUCCUUCGCACACGCUCUUGCCGUUGCACACUCUCUGCGUGUUUCACUCUCCUCCUCCUGCUCCUCCUCCUCCUCUUCCAUUCCACGCUAGGGUUUAAUCAACCCCUCACGUCUACCACUAGGGUUUAGCGAACAUGGUGGCUGACCGCGGCAAGAAAUCGAAGGUCGCCGAUGUUGCUCCCGAGGAAGAUUCCCGUCACAUUGACCAGGACCUUAUUCUCUCAAUUGAAAAGCUCCAGGAGGUUCAGGAUGAGCUCGAAAAGGUGAAUGAACAAGCUAGUGAUGAGGUAUUGGAAGUUGAACAGAAGUAUAAUGAGAUAAGAAGGCCUGUUUAUGAUAAACGAAAUGAAGUAAUCAAAUCCAUUCCUGACUUUUGGUUGACUGCUUUCCUGAGUCACCCUGCACUUGGUGAUCUUUUGAGUGAGGAAGACCAGAAGAUCUUCAAGUAUUUUGAUUCUCUAAAUGUGGAGGAUUUCAAGGAUGUGACCUCUGGUUACUCCAUAACUUUUAACUUCAAGCCAAACCCCUAUUUUGAAGAUGCAAAACUUGUUAAGACUUAUACCUUCCUGGAGGAAGGAACAACACAGAUAACUGGUACAGACAUUAAGUGGAAGGAAGGCAUGGGCAUUGCUAAUGGUGGUGAUCAUGAGAAGAAAGGAAACAAACGCCCACCAUCUGAAGAGAGCAGCUUUUUUACUUGGUUCACUGAAACACAACAGAAAGAUAUUGCUGAGGGGUUCACUGAUGAGGUGGCAGACAUCAUUAAGGAGGACCUAUGGCCCAAUCCUUUAAAAUAUUUUAAUAAUGAAGCUGACGAAGAAGAUUCUGACGGAGAUGAGGAUGAUGAAGAGGGGAAGGAUGGAGAGGAUGGGGAUGAAGAAGAAGAUGAUGAAGACUAAGUUGAACAUCUCCUGCCACUUGCUGUCCCAUUGCACACGUUUCGAUAAUUGGAAUGUUGAAACCAUGAUUAUCAUUUAUUGCAUACUCAUUAGAAGUUUCAACCGUGUCUCGAAUUAUUAGCAGCUAUCUACUCCGUAUCUUGUAGCUAGGAAGAUUAAUACCUAUGGUGAUAUAUAAAGCGGUUCCUGUGUCCCAUGUCUUAUGUCGCAUUCUGGACAUGCAAUUUAUUCAUUUUGAAGUUUGUCUUUUAA